AUGUCUAAUCAAGGCCUCGACCUGUCAAAACAUGCUUCGCCGGCGAGGCGACAUCAGCUUAGCCGUUCCAUCACCGAGCUGUCAGCACCAAUCAGACUACAUCGUCAUCACCAGCUGCAUCAUCAAUUGCACCAGCGCAGACAACCGAGCCGCGAUGACGGCACCCUUCAGCCUGUAUCUCUGACGAUACAAUCGCCUCGUGCCUCUCUCGAUCUCCCACGUUCCGAGGGCGUCACACCGUAUACGAUGAGCACCGACCAGAGUCGUAGAACAAGUAUGCUUCCACCCGGGGCAGAAGAAUUGGGUGCGUUAGCUGCAGCAGCGGUCGUUGCAAGCCGUGAGAGGCAGCUUCACGAAGAAAGAUCUCAAGCUGCGUCGAGAACCGCUGGUCUUCGCAAGACACUGACAGACCUAACGGCCUUUUCCAAUGCAACAACGAGACGCUUAGACGAGUCAUACUACGCCAUACUGGAGAAACUCAGCAUGCUACAGAAUACUAUAUUAGUUUUAAAGGAGCUGGCCGGGAUGGCCCAAAAUACGGAUGACACAUUCAAAGCCGAUUCGCAGGGCCUCAUAAUCGAAGUAGAAUCGCAACUUAACGCGGUCGGCCAUUUCGAUGAACAAGAGAAGCGUAUCGCAUCGUUGCAGUAUCGUAUAUUCACAGGACGUCAGAGGGCACAGAAGCUGAGUGAGCGGGUGGACCUUGUGCGAGAGCGCGUCGAGGGCUGGGCGCGAGUCGACAAGGACUGGCAAGAGAGGACGCGGAAACGUCUCAAAGUCAUAUGGGUCAUUACAUCUGUCAUGGUCCUGGCCAUCAUGUUUAUACUCUUCGGGGUCCAGUAUACUCGAUCCAACAUGGACGUUUCACGUGAAACGAAUUUGGCGUCAAUGAGCAAGCAGGCGGCGGCCAUAGAUGAAGUGUCGGCGAACAGCAGUAGAGUUUCUGAUCAGCUGAGUGAGGAUCUGAGGGCGGCGCUGGAUAGCACGAGGGGAGACGGAACGUCAACUGAAGAAGUGUUCAGGGCCUUUGAUGAAUUAUAG